UCGCCUGCCUCGGCGAUGGACACCAGCUCGCUCAUCUUCAGCGGAGGUCGUCCGAGCAAGACGAACGCUGUGGCUUCUUUAUUCGCCCUGACCCUAGCCUUGGGCACUCUGGCCGUCGCAGCAUUCGUCCUCUUUACAGCCUUCACUGGCUGGAACAACCUGGCAGUUCGCAGGCAGCUCCGCGUGCUCGAACCGCUCGUCGCAAAGGUGCCCAACACCAACACAACCAGAAGAAGCAGAAGGAAGCUUACUGCCUCAUUUUCUCACACGCUGCCACACAGCUCCCCCUCUUCUAUUGUCGGAAACAGAGCACUCACGCUGAAAGACAAAGUGUCAUCGGCCUUCACUGUGGCUCACAAGAAGAGCGCGUCGACAAGUGAGCGCACAGUGAAGGACACCUCCACCUUUCUGGCUCGCUUGGUCAGUGCCUCUCGACAAACCCAGAAUCCGCUUCUGUCGACGCCGAUUGCACACGGCCUUUUAAACCAGAACACGGCCAUCACGUUACUUAUUGCACCCGAAAGAAAAGACUAUGCGUUUCAAGGCCUGCCAGAAGUGUUCACCCCGGAAGAAAACGCGCAUGCGUUCCGCGCCAAAGAAACUGCUAAAGGCACACCUUCUCACGCCGGACCAGGCCACGUUUCAGUAGUGUCGUACACCGAUUACGAGUCCUCAGCGAAGUCUCGCAAGAGCGCUCGUGGCGCUCCUCGAUUCAGCGAUGGCUCGGAGUGGCCUGUCAGAGAGCUCACCGCACUUCCCGAAGAUUACGAUAUAAGCCGUAACAGCUUCUUUCUUGGCGCGAACGGCAGCAGGCCGCGGCACCACAAUCACAGCCAGCACGGCCAGCGUCCGAUCUUCCUGCCAGAAGGCCCGGCACACGAGCACAAGAUCUUUGCCGACAGGGCGUCCACCACCGGGCGACCGAAGACGUCUCCAGCGCCACUCGCGAUCCCGACGCCGAUAACUAAAGGACCGUUGUACAUUAAAACGCCGACGAGGCCGUCAUCGCCGCCGAGGUCGAGUGAAACUCCGCCGACGGAGGCGAAUCAUCAGCCCACAUUGCUGAAAGGUCACGAUAGGACGGUCGUUCGAAUACGUCCGCCACGUCCCACGAUGCCUUUUCUAAGGCCUCAUACGCAUGUCACCGCGAAUGUUACGGACUCCUUGUCCGUGACGGCGUACACGUAUGCAGGGAAUGAUAGUGGCCAUCAGCGCAAUCAUAUCGACGGGGACCACAUCCGGACUGGUGCUUCCGCCAACGGCCAAGACCAUGAAGGACAUGUUCCUGGUCUUCCGGAACGAAGCUCGCCCGCAGAUGGAGCGAGUUUGCCACGCUCACCCGCCACCCUGGCAGCGCCAGCGAAAAGCGACAAGGUUCAACCGACUUCUAGAACGUAUAGCUUUACGGCAACCACAUCUCCACGGGUUUCCGACAGCUCGCCGACCUCGAUUCAGCAUUCACCGACGACAGUGGAUGAAAAAGAGCCCUUCACUGAAGACGGGGAAACAGAAACGAGCAUGGUUGACACAAACCCUCUCAAGCACGACCACGUCAUGCCGUGGCCGUCGAGGAAACCUACCAUCGCCUCUGAUCACCAUUACGGUAUAACGCACAGAAGUCACGUACGCAAGCUAAAGCUGGCAACAGUGAAAGUCAUAGCUCAGCGGGAUGCGACGGUACGUGGUCCCGGCGAUAGACACCGUAUUUGGAAAGGUCCGCCUGCAUUAAAAAGAAGCGAUAGAUAGUCGAGUGCGCCAUCGUUGUCCAGUCGCCGUCCCCUCCCGACCUCGCGUCAGACAGCGGAAAGUCAUCGAGGCAUUUUUGAGUCGUCGGUGCGACUGUGGAUGAGAACUCCGAAACGCUCUAAAGAUACGACAGUGCUGAUAACCUGGGAGGACGAUUGACUGUAAUAUAAAUAUAGCAGCGGCAGAAGCCGUGCGACCUCUUUUGGUUUAUGACGCAACAAGAAAGCAAGCUGCCGUCAAUUUUCGAGUGCUAGGUGGAAUCCUUUUGGCAUCCCACUGUGUAUGCCCUGGCGCCCAUCGUCCGUCUUGAACUGCGUGCAAACGUGUUUUAUUUUUUCGUUACUCUGCAACGAAAAACGCUUCUUACCUUGUUGUAGCUAUUAAAAAAAACGACCUACAUAUAUCGAAACCCGUAUUUAUCAGUUUACAGUAACAAUAUUGUCUGACCUAAGUAACCAAGGAGAAAAACGAUAAAAAUGUGCAGCCGUGUGCAAACAUACACACACUACAUGUGCCGGGAAAAAAAAGAACGAGAAAAAGACAUUUCGGGUUCUUCGCUUGCAACCAAGCAUUGCGAACUCUAGCCUCCACUUAGCUUGGAAGGGAUUUAAUGAAGCCGAAAUGAAGUCUGAAACUGGGAUGGCUUCUUUUCUUGGUUGAUUGACGUUACAGUGGCUUCUGUUACUUCGUCGAUGUCGAUUCCGUUCAAAAAUUUUGUCCCUAGAGGGACUGUGCGCUAUUUACAUCUCAUUGGAUUCGGUUCGGCUGUGUCGCUAUU